AUGGAGAAUCAUGGCAAAGGAAACAGAGAACAACAAUUUCAUCUCUGGUUUGAUCCUACUGCUGAUUUUCACACCUAUUCCAUCACUUGGAAUCCACAACGCAUCAUAUUCUAUGUGGAUGGAACACCGAUUAGAGAAUACAAGAACAGUGAAUCGAUGGGAGUUUCAUAUCCGAAGAACCAAGCAAUGAGGAUAUACUCAAGUCUUUGGAAUGCAGAUGAUUGGGCUACAAGAGGAGGACUUGUCAAGACUGAUUGGAGCCAAGCACCCUUUAGUGCUUCUUACAGAAACUUCAAUGCCAAUGCUUGUAUUUCCAAUUCUUCAUCUUCUUGCAAUUCCAAUACUACAACUUCAACUAGCAAUUCAUGGUUGAAUGAAGAGUUAGAUAACACAAGUCAAGAGAGGCUCAAAUGGGUGCAGAAGAAUUAUAUGGUUUAUAAUUACUGCACUGAUUCUAAACGAUUUCCAGCAGAUUGUGUUCAGAACAGCUAA